AUCAGCUGUGUCCAAUCACAGCUGAUCACAUAUAAACAGAAAAAUGCUUGACAGCUCGGGACAUAUACAGAGAUCAUCAGAGCACUGAUGAUCAGUGUGCCCUGAUGAUCUGUGUAGCCCCAGCAGCGCCACCUGUCAGUGUCCAUCAGUGCCAGCUCUCAGUGCUCAUCCAUGCCACCCCACCUGCCAGUGCCCUUCAGUUCCACAUCAGUGCCACAUUUCAGUGCCCAUCAGUGCUGCCUAUCAGUGCCGCCUAUCAGUGCCACCUAUCAGUGCCGCCUAUCAGUGCAUAUAUGAGUGCUGCCUUUCAGUGCCCAUCAGUGAUGCCUGUCAAUGCCCAUCAGUGCCAC